AUGGAUGUGCCUAAUACUGCUUCCUGGAUUUUCAAGAAUAUUCUUAGUGCUAGAGAGCACAUUGCAGGUAUGCAGGAGCAUUGGGAUAAAAGCAUGGUGGUAAACAAAUUUCAAAUGAGCAAGAUGUAUCAUGGGUUGUAUCAACAUGAGCCUAAUGUUGCGUGGCACUCUAUUCUGAGGAGGAAUUUAGCUAGGCCUCGAGCUGUGUUCUUCCUCUGGCUUGCCUGCCACCAGAAAUUGGCUACAAAGUCGAGACUUAAGAAGAUUGGAAUAGAUCUAGAUCCUAUUUGUUGCUUCUGUCACGAAGAGGAGACUCAAGAGCACCUCUUGUUCUGUUGUAAACCUAUGUUUGCUAUUUGGCAGGAUAUUCUUCUUUGGAUGGGAGUGACCCGUACCCCUAUGCACUGGCAGGUUGAAAUUGAUUGGAUUGUGAGAUAUUGUAAUGGCAAGGGCAAAAAAUGUGGGAUCAUGAAGAUGGCUGCAGCAGAAACCAUUUAUUUUUGCUGGAAGUAUAGAAAUGACUCUUGUUUUGGGGAGUCAUAUGAUAGAAAUAUAGUUGUAGAUAACAUCAAAAAUAUGGUCAUACAUAGAGGUUGGCAAAGUAGGAAGUAUAGAGAGAGUGUGGCCCAAUUAUUGUUGUAA